AUGUCCGUCUUAUCCUCUUUAUCUCGAGUGUACGUCACGAUUAAUGUUCACGCAGUGGAAAAAAAUUCCGCAUUAUUGACAUUUACACAUACAUACAUACACAUAUAGACAGUAGCCUAAAAACAAUUUGAUGACACCCGUAUGAAUAUCAUAGCUUGCGUUUAAAUAUUGUGUCAUCAACAUAGUCAUCAUCACGAUAUCAUUGGUAUCAGUGAUGAUUUAUAAGCAGACUGAGUGUGAGUGUAAUUACGUCUUUAUGGUUUUUUGCAAUUCAGUAUCUCCAACACGCACAACUCAGCUGCAUUCAAAUAUCUUCAAAAACUGUUAAAACACCGUAUUUGUUACUUGCACUGACAAGAUUGUUAUCGUUAUUUCUAAAGUCGUAUUUAGAUAUUCUCGACGAUGCGAAACGUACUUAGAAUUUUCUCGCGAGGAUGUAUGAUAAACAAGAGGCUCCUAAUACGCGAGCACGACCUGGGGAAACACAGACGGUCGCUCUGCACGAUCACUGAACAGGAUCGUUCGCCGUUGAGUGGGAUACGAGUUUUAGAUCUGACGCGAAUUGUAGCUGGACCCUACUGUACAAUGAUCCUGGGAGAUCUUGGUGCAGAAAUCCUGAAAAUCGAACGACCUGGCAGCGGAGACGAGGCCCGCAAAUGGGGUCCGCCGUUCUUCGAAGGUACGCGGGAAUCCACUUACUUCGCGAGUGUUAACAGAAAUAAAAAGAGUGUUUGCAUCGACUUGAAGAGGGGUAAAGAUAUCAUCUAUGAAUUAGCGCGACAAUGCGACGUUUUGGUGGAGAAUUAUGUACCAGGCAAAUUGAAUAGCAUGGGUUUAGGAUAUGAUGAUGUAGCGAAAGUGGCACCACAUCUUAUAUAUUGUUCAUUAACUGGCUAUGGAUCUCAAGGGCCAUACGCAAACAGAGCUGGUUACGAUGUAAUAGCUGCUUCAUUGGGAGGUCUUUUGCACAUUACUGGACCCAAAGAUGGACCACCAUGUAAGGUUGGUGUAGCAAUGACAGAUUUAGCAACAGGGCUGUAUGCUCAUGGAGCAAUUAUGGCAGCUUUAUUGCAAAGAUCAAGGACCAAUAAGGGCCAAUGGAUACAGUGCAAUCUUCUAUCAACUCAGAUUGCAAGCUUGAUAAAUAUUGCGUCAAAUUACUUAAAUGGAGGCAAGGAUGCGGCAAGAUUAGGAUCUGAACAUGAAAGCAUAGUUCCCUAUGAAGCUUUUUUGACAAGAGAUGGGUAUAUGACAGUAGGAGCGGGAAGUAAUUCACAUUUUAUAGAAUUGGUUAAAAGAUUAAAAUUAUCAAAAUUAGCUGAUGAUGACAGAUUUAAGGAUAACACAGCUAGAGUUAAACACAGAAUAGAAUUGCUUCAAAUUCUUAGAGAUAUAUUUAAGAAGAAAACAAAUCAGGAAUGGUAUGUGAUAUUUGAAGGUGUUUCUUUUCCUUACGGAGCAGUAAAUACUAUAAGAGAAGUAUUUGAUGAUCCCCAUGUGAGAUAUACAAAUUUAGUUCAAGAGGUAGAUCAUCCAACUACAGGCAAAAUGAAGCUUGUUGGACCACCUGUUACAUACAGCUAUGCUGUCAAUAUAGUGAGAUCACCACCACCCAUGUUGGGACAGCAUACAGCAGAAGUUUUAAGAAACCUAUUGCAAUAUUCUAAUGAUAAAAUAGAAAAUUUAAUAGCACAGAAAAUUGUACAAGAUAAUUGAUAAGUAUUAUGUAUUUUUGUAUGUUCUUAUAAGCGUAUAUAGUAAAAAAUCUCUAUUUUACAAAAGAACAACAUUUUUAGAAACUUUGUAAGUAUUGUUACAUUUGAUGAUUAUUAUCUUUGAUGAUUCUGAAAUAUAUAAUUGCAGAGAUUUUACAGAUCAAAUAAUCAGAUGGCAGAGAAAAUACACAACACAUGAUUAAUAUUACGCACGAUUGCACGAUUUAUAUUAUAUAUUUUUUACCUUAAAUGUCAUAUAUAUAUUUGAAGAUAUAAAAUAUGUUAAUUUAUAAUUAAAUAAGCAAAUAAAGUAUAUAAAUAUAUAAAAUAACCAUCUUUAACUACCUUUCAAUAACACCCUUUACACUCAUAGUUUAAAAUUUGAUUUAAUUUCAUUGUGUCAUUAAGAUUUCUAUAAUU